UAAGUUCAGCCCGGGUCAUAAGCCCCCACAAGUGUGGAGCAGGAGCAGUCUUCUUAUAAGACCUGAAUAAAUAAAUAACAUUAAAGCCAUCUAUCAACAGACAGGUAAUUAUGUCCAUGUCCAAAGAACAGACUACAGUCGACGCGGAGCCACCAAGGCGGCCGAAGUGCACCCGGUGCCGCCACCAUGGGAUCAUCGUCCCACAGAAGGGCCACAUGAAGAGCUGUCCUUUUCUCAAGUGUGACUGCUGGAAGUGUUAUCUCAUCACGCAGCGGACUCAGCUCACAGCCCUCCAGAGAAAUCUGAGGAAAGCUCACAAGAACUCUCCAAAUAAAGAGCGGGCCUUCCGCGCCGGAGUCAGAACGGCGGAGGGGGAUUCUACAAGCCCGGAUCCAGGUUCUCGCCAGGCGGCCACAUUCGGACCGAUGAGCCCUCUAUCGGACGGGGCCCCGGAGAGAGACGCCCCCUUCCCCAGGAGCCCCCUGGAUCUCCGGAGCAAAGCCUCCAGGGAAGGGGAGACUGCGGCCAGGAUGGACGGCGGUCAGGUGCGGCCCUUUGCUUCCAGUGAGGAGGCGCCAUGUCCACGUUUUAAUGGCCUUUACUUCGGUGAGUGUGGCCAGUCUGCACCUCUGCCUUUUAUCCACUUCCCAUUUCGGAUGUCAAGUCAUCACCCCAGCAGCUUCGCACCGUGUCCAAACCCCCUGCUCAACAUACCGUGGUUUCCACCCACGCCUGCUGGGCUUUACAGUAAUGGCCUCCCCGGACCGCUGAUGCUCUCCCAACUCCGGCCGCAUGCUGUGCAUUACCCGCCUCCAGGAGAGCCUGCACCUCCUGCUGAUUGCAGACAGGUCUUCUUCACCCUUCAACCACCCCGACUCCCAGAGCCCCUCCAGGAGGAGCUGAUGUACAGGCAGCACCAGCAGCCUCCUCUGAACAAACAAACGGACCAAGAUAUGGAAGAGCUGUAAAAACUUUCAGGGUUUUUUGUGCUGUUUGUUUGUAUGUUGGCAAACCUGCUUUGUUUUCCCCUGUUUUGUACCAAACAACACUCAUGGAUUCACAACAAUCCUGUUCAGAUUGCUGGCAUGAGUUUUUUGCACUCUGUUGGAAGUAAUGCAUUGAUUUGAUAUGGGGCUCGUGGCUUUGUUGAUUAAAGAAGUUUAUACAUUUUCA